UGAAACGAAAUUACGAAAAAAUCUCGGUGUAACAAUCUGACGAGAUGAUUGACGGCUGGGUCGUACGGCGGGACGUUCACGCGACAUCGUCGCGUUAAACUGUCGGAACGAACAUAGUACUCUGCGUAAACGCCGUCCGUGUAAUACGCUCACUGGAGUGACGAUCGUGCAUUCCGCAAUGUAAAGGCGCAAGAGAGAUGAACGAUUCUGCAGGUGGGAGAGGGAUCAACGAGCGAGAUUGUAGGUAGAAAUAAGAGAGACCAAAGCACGAAGGGCAAGAAGAGACAGAGAGGAGGCGAGAGAAAGGGAUAGAAUGUAGGAGCGUAAAGACAGAAAGAGAGAAACGGAAGUUUGUGUAGUCAAGUGUCGCGUAGUGCGUAGAAUAAGGAGGAGUGGCAGGUAGCGUGGCAUCAGAGCUAACUUCGGGCACAGGAAGGGGUACGGAGUAGUCGGCGAUCUUGUCCUCGCGCGGAGGAAGGAGAAGAAAAGAAAGAGAAAGAGAAAGAAGACGAUAGGGUUUGGAUGGUGGGAGACAUGGGUCGGAGUGUGUGGUCGUGUCCGAGGGGGAGGAGGGGAAGAGGCAGUCGACAGCAACGGGAGAGAGGGCAACGAACAAACUACCGAGAAGAAGUCAGCGGCAAGUAAAGCAGCGCCGCCGAGGCUAAACUUCGGGAUCUAUCGAACUAAAAUUGUCGUGUAGUUUCUGCCUCCGUGCCCUCCCCCCCCAACCCAACCCCUGUCGUCCGCCAACCUUCCGUUCACCCCCUCCGAGCGCUACCUACCGCUCACUCUUCUCGCCCCACCAUACCGGGAGCGUGGCAGCAUCUCGACCGGUAGCGUCCCCCUCCGUCUCAUUCAACCCAUCCCCUCCACACGGGAACGAAAGCCGAGAACGAAGAGGGAAGAAAGCGCCUACGGUGGGGCAUCAGGAGGUAUGUGGGAGCGAGAGCGGACUAUCGGGCCGUCGCGCGAAAGAGUGAGAGACAAAAAACGGAAAGAGGAAAGGAGAGAAAAGGACAGAUGAACGAGACGACCACCAGCACCGACUCGACAAGGGACGGCUGAAGGGAGGGAAACGUAGAGAGCUGCGUUAGCCGAGCCCCACGGGCGACUCACCAUAUUUUAUUGUCGCGUUUGCCGACGCUAACCGCCGGCUCCGUGCCCGAUCGACGAGGUAGGAUGCCGACGACCUGUGCGGGAAGAGAAGAGAGCCACGCACGACACCCGGCGUGCUAAUACGAGAGCUACCCGCGGAACGAAUUCGCGCGCGGGUACGAGGUGGAGGCGAGAGCGUGGCAUCGGCGGCAGAGGUGGUGCCCGUACCCCCACCACACCGCGCGCCGUACCGACCUGGACCCUCCCACCCGUCUCGCCGAGGGCAAACCAUCUCGCAAAAAUCGUCCCCCUUUCCGUGGAAGGAAAAGAACCGCGGCGACGACUCUGCCACUGCCACCACCAUCACCAUCACCACCACUAGACUCACCGGCGAGUUUCGAGCGUUUCUCUCGUCAUCGGGCCACCACCACUAGCGUGAUACUAUCGUUACCGCCAGCGCCACCGGCACUGUACCCGUCGCCUCCUCCUACGACACCGCGAUCAACCGUCAUCUCGCGGAACGUGGGGUACAGCGGCAACUUACAGACCGCGGACCACGCUUGUUCUACCGCGAGCGAGGAAUAUACGCGAAAUCGGGUGAUCCUAUAGGACCCACUGAUAGUGGAUCGACUAGUGCUUAUCGCACUCAGUGAACGUGAAGCGUACUCAUCUUUUGUUGACAAUUUCGUGAAGUGAAUACCAAGAUAACGAGUAAACACAUAGUUAAAUUCUUACGUUGGUCAUCACACGGAAAAAGGAGAAGCUUUAUAGAAGCAAAGUGAGAGAGAGGGAGAGAGAGAGAGAAAGAGAAAUAGGCAAACUGAAGAAAGUUAGUAAAACGGAGCAAGAAUAACAGUAUAGUGUCUGGUUCUAGUCACUGUUGUGUGUUGUCAGUAGUAAGCGGGCGUGCACGCGGUGGAAACACGCGCCGCCGACAGUUCGUACUUGGCGCUUUUGCAGUGCGCGCGAUCUGGUAGCGCCACGAUCGGAGGAGCCGUGAUCGGCACUAUAAGCGAGAAGAAGAGGAGGAAUAAAAAGACGAACCACAAGCCUCUCUUUCGCGAGUUCGAAGCGCGUGAUUGCGCAGGCCGUGAAGCGACCGGCUGCGUGGAAGGAUCACGGAGGAUAAAAAGAGACGGCCGGUGUGCGCGAUUCACAUCGUCCUCGCUGUUCUCCCUCUCACUCAUCUCCAUCUCUCUCGCUUUCCCUCUAUUCUCCUCCGUCAUUCCUCUCCUUUUUCAGCGGUGUCCCUCCGACACCCUCGCUCAACCUACCACUCUACCUCUCUCUUUUUCUCUCUCUCUCUCUCUCUCUCGGCCCCUCUCCCCCUCGCUUAGCUUGCCAUCCCGUCCCUCUGACGCUCGCUCGUUCUCGUUCCCUCCUCUCUCUAUCCCAUCUACCCUUCUCGCUCCCCCUCACCGUAGCCGUCUCGCUCGCACCCGCGAUCCAUGUACCUCCGCCUUCCUAUCCACCAAGCGGAGGACUGGAUUCCGUCGAAAAGAAACGACGAUUCGGAGGAUAGUCGCGACCGAUCAUAGCUGGCGCGUCGAUCGGAUCAACGGAGUGAACUAGCCGUUCGCGACUAACCGCAUCGCGCGUUACUACGACAAGUGCCACGCAUCGCUGUUGCGCGCUCUGUGCCCUUUAAUCCUUUUUUUUUUAUACCGCAAUUUGUGAUCCUUCGGUGUGCCCGACAGAGCUCACGCUCCUUCUUUAAGAGAACUCUUAUCCAUUUCCCUCUUUAACCAACGCAAGAGUGAUCGGAGUGCGUGCAGUCCGCGAUACGACCAUAUAUCGCCUGUCGUUCGUGGCACUUUCUUUCGCAACUUGCUUCGUGAGUGCUCCCGCAACGACGACGAUAACAACGACACGUAGAAGUUCCAACAACAGAACCGCUACCGAGGACUAUUUCUCGGUCGCCCUCGCGCUUCAUCUUGUUUUCGCGUGUGACAGUGCGAGUACAUAUGCCGGCAGCGGACCGCCACCGAUUUCAACCGGUUCGAGUGCAGCUGGACGGCCAGUCGGGCAUACGGGAGUGCCGUCGACACGAGUAGCACCCCGUUACGGGGUGGCUGGACACGCGAUACAGAGGAUUCUCACGCCUUCGCGUGAGCAUUCGCCUCGGACGCGCUAGUGAGAAAAAAGAAAAAAAGGAAAAAAGAGCGGAAGUGUGACCGAUUCGCGAAGUGACGUCCGGGAGCGAGGCACACACGGCGAAUGCCGCGGACUUCUGGAACGAUGAUCGCGUAGCGGUGCCCGAUUAUCACGGCCCUGAGCGGCCGACACAUCAUGUCACAGUUCUCUUUCCGAGGAUCGCCAAAUCUACAGUGUCCUGUGACAGUGAACUCGUCGUUGGCGCCGUCCUCGGCCUCGCCUGUCACCGGUGUAAUCCUCAGCGCGGGCGGCUCGUCCCUGGUCAGCAGCGUAGCCGCCAGUACGACGAAUCAUCCUCUGGACGUAGCCGGUCUGUCGCAAGCGAGGAUGGCAGUGACGAGCGCGAUUGUGAGACCGCCUGGCAGUCCCACUACCUCGGUUAGCCCGUCUCAGGGUCAUCCGCCACCAUCGGCCGGGGGUCCUACUGCAGCCAGGUGUUGCGAUACCGGUCGGCCGAUCUUCACGGAUCCACUGACAGGCCAGACCGUCUGCUCCUGCCAGUACGAACUGCUGGGUGGCUAUCAGCGUCUAGGUGGCUUACCCACGGCCGCGCUCUCUAUGUACAGCGCGCCAUACGCAGCUGCCGCCGCGGCAGCGGCGUCAGAGGGUAUGGCUGCGUACUUUCCUAGCUUGGGCGCCGAGCAAGCACCCUUCUACACGCCCACGGCCGCCGGUCUAGAUCUUAAAGAAAAUCUGGGCGCUGGAGCCGCAGCAGCGUGGCCUUAUCCCUCGAUGUAUCACCCUUACGAUGCUGCUUUUGCGAAUUACCCCUUCAAUGGUUAUGGCAUGGAUCUAAAUGGCGCGAGGCGAAAAAACGCGACACGGGAAACAACGAGCACGCUGAAAGCUUGGUUAAACGAACAUAAGAAGAAUCCAUAUCCCACGAAAGGCGAAAAGAUCAUGCUAGCUAUUAUUACCAAGAUGACACUGACACAAGUGUCGACGUGGUUUGCGAACGCGCGGAGACGCUUGAAAAAAGAAAAUAAAAUGACCUGGGAACCAAGAAAUCGCGUUGAAGACGAAGAUAACAAUAACGAAGACGAUGAUAGCGGGAGGAAAAGCGUUGAUGAGAAAGAUCGGCUAGAUUCGAAAGACUCAGGUACAGGUUCCAGCGAGGACGGGGAACGACCGGCGCACCGUUUGGACCUACUGCAUGGCGGCAGUGGUGGAUCGGCGGGCGUCCAAGGUAGAACCGAGAGUGAGUGGAGCGAGUCGCGAGCAGACAGUGGCCCGGAUAGUCCGGAAUGUCUGUACGAUCAGAGGGAACCGAGGCAUCCGCUGCAGCUGCAGCAUCCGGCGUAUCUCACUCAAAAUCACGGCCGAUUGUUGCGUCAUCCCUCGCCGGAGAGCACGUCGCCAGGUAGUCAACAUCAUCUUCCGCCGAGCACCAGCGCACCGUCCACAGGUAGCGCAGUGACGACGAAACCGCGAAUCUGGUCACUGGCGGAUAUGGCGAGCAAGGACGGCGAUCAGCAGAAUACGAAUCCGGCCACGAUGACAGGUCUCACGUCACCUUACAGCGGAACGGGCGGAGGCGGAGGUAGCAUUGGCGGUGGCGGCGGCGGUGGAGGUGGCGGUGGCACUACAGGGGGCAAACUCGUAAGCCCUUUGGCUAGUCGACUGCCGCCUCAUCAUCCCCUCCACCCGAUACAUCCGGGCACGCAAUUUGUAAGACCGCAUCCGGACUUCUACAGGAAUUUGUACGGUGCGUCCCAUCUCGGUUCAGGUGACAUAUCUCUGCUGGAGACAUAUUCGAGAACUCUUGGUGGACUUGGCGGCGUAAUACCACCAUCCACGGCUCCGAGCAUACUUACGUCCUCGUCCUCGUCGAUCUCCGCCGCCGGUAAUGUGAAACCUUUUACGAUCAACGGUGGUAGCGGGGCGGCUGGCGGUACCACCGCCGGAUCGACAGUUUUACUGACUACCGCGUCCUCUGGUCUGUCACCGUCGUCGUCAUCGACGGCGUCGUCGGGCGGGUCCGAUCAGUCGCCUCAUCCGGCGGGCGGCGGUCUGCCUGCGACUCAGGAACUCAAAUCUCCCGGACGAGUGUGACUCGACGAAGCGACCAAUCGCUAAAGAGACGUUUAUCGCGGGCGCGCGCUGUGCAUCGGCGGGCGUUUUGUGUGGUGUGGCUGACAAUAAUCAGAGACUACAAUCUUGUAAUUAGUGUACAGUAUAAAACGGAAGAUGAUGAGAUAUACUGCCCCAACCCUGCUUCCUCAUUUCCUAGUCUUUUCAUUUUUUUCUCUUUUUGAAUGUCAUCGUCGAUGUUUCUUUUAUCUCUCAUUUUCUUCCCUUCUCUCCUCCAACUUUUUAUUCAAGUUUUAUUUUCCGUACUCAAUUAUUCUCGAUAAAAAGGGAAAAACUCGUAGUACCGACUACCCAUAGUGGCUCUAUCGCGGUAUAACCGUACAACAUCUAACGCGUCAACUCGACAGUACUAUUACACACACAUAUAAAUAUUAUAAAUAUCUAAAGAUAUACGAUAAUAUAAUUAAUAUUAUUUAUGCGUUUGUAAAUAGUAGAGAAAGGCCUAGUAGAGGAAUCGUCCGGCCAGUGUAUGUAUUGUAUGUAGAGUAGACUACUAUAUUACUAGCCUACCUGAGAUCAUAAUUCAUAUUAAUGACGAUUAUUAUUAUUAUUAUUAUUAUGAUUAUUAUGAUUAUUAUUAUGAUUGUUAUUGCAAUGUUUAUAAUAUUAUCGAUUCACGUCGACUCGGUCAAGCAUGACGAGGUAUGGGUCGUUAAUCCUGGCGACAGAUUGCGAGGGAUCACCGGGGUGUACAAAGAUUCUUGGAGAUCAGUCCUUGGUUCCUCUUCUUGUAAGUAUCUCCUUUCUUAUUUAUUUUGCUAAAAAUUAUUGGCUCGUGAUAAUUUUUCGCAAGAAUGGAUAAAGGCUGUCAAAUCGCGAAUCGAUGCGCAAGUAUGACGUCGCUCGCAAUCUACUGCGAACACAAUUUCCGUCGCGUCCCAUCGUCGUCGCGUAGAAAAGGAAUGUUCUAAGUUACACGAAGGUGAAGCCACGGGCACAACGGCUGUCAACAUAUCAUGUCAUGUCGAGAGUGAACGAUCGCCAUCACCUUUUAGUCAUUCGUGUCCAAAAUUUCACGCGAACUCGCUGAUGCCACACUGACAUGUGACAUCAACGCAGACUGUGUCCUUUCGCAAUAAACGAAUCAUUACGGAAA